AUGAACAUUCGUCAACAAUUGACGCAGCUAUUGACUUUGGGCUAUGUUUUUGCCUCGGCGUUCAUGCUAUGGAAGACAUUGUCGGUAGUCGCAAAUCUGCACUCACCCAUUGUUGUUGUGUUAUCGGGAUCGAUGGAGCCUGCGUUUCAAAGAGGAGAUAUCUUAUUCUUGUGGAACAGAGAUGAAAAACAAAAGGUGGGCGAUAUAGUCGUUUAUGAGAUUGAGGGAAAGACCAUUCCCAUAGUGCAUAGAGUGUUAAGGGAACACCAUAAUCUGGAGAAACAAUUGCUAUUGACAAAGGGUGAUAACAAUGCUGUUGACGAUUUGUCAUUGUAUGCUAAGAAGCAAAGCUAUUUGAAUAGAAAGAAUGACUUGGUGGGUACUGUUAAAGGGUAUCUUCCAUUUAUUGGCUAUGUGACAAUCUUGAUCAGUGAAAAUCAGUAUUUCAAGUUUGGUCUUCUCGGCUUACUCGGUCUUUCUUCACUAUUUAGCAAUGAGUAG